GGAUUCUCUUAACACCACGGUUGUCUUCUCCUAAGUCCUUCUGAAUUCUCCUUCACAUCUUUCCUUGACCUCGAGGUCAAGGAAAAGUAGUUCGGAAAAGACAUUCAUUUUUUUUUUAACUUUUUGACCGCAGCCUGAGUCUCACAAGCUGACUGGCUGUUUGUGGAUCUCUGUGUUUUCAGCAGCGUUUUUCUUCUCAGAAACAGUUCAAGAUGACGACUUCAUGGAGCGACCGUCUGCAGAACUAUGCCGACCUACCAGCCAACAUGGACGGCGUGGCCAUGAAGAAGUAUCGACGUGAAGCUCACCACAGAGUUUUUGUCAACCGAAGUUUGGCCAUGGAAAAGAUCAAGUGUUUCGGUUUUGAUAUGGAUUACACUCUGGCAGUGUAUAAAUCUCCUGAAUAUGAGUCGCUGGGCUUUGACUUGACGGUGGAGCGCCUGGUGUCCAUUGGAUAUCCACAAGAGCUGCUCAACUUUGUCUACGACCCCUCCUUCCCCACCAGAGGUCUGGUGUUCGACUCAAUGUAUGGCAACCUGCUCAAGGUGGAUGCAUAUGGGAACAUCCUGGUGUGUGUGCACGGAUUCAACUUCGUGAGGGGACCUGACAUCAGAGAGAUGUACCCCAACAAAUUUAUUCAGCGUGGAGACACAGACCGCUUCUACAUCCUCAACACACUCUUCAACCUGCCUGAAACCUACCUCUUUGCUUGCCUGGUCGAUUUCUUCAGCAACUGCUCCAGAUACUCCAGUUGUGAGAAGGGCUUCAAAGAUGGCGACCUUUUCAUGUCCUACAAGAGCAUGUUCCAGGAUGUCCGAGACGGCGUGGACUGGGUUCAUUUCAAGGGGUCCUUAAAAGUAAAAACUGUUGAAAACCUGGAGAAGUAUGUGGUGAAGGAUUCGAAGCUUCCUCUCCUCCUCAGUCGCAUGAAUGAAGUCGCCAAAGUAUUUCUGGCCACCAACAGUGAUUACAAGUAUACAGAGAAAAUUAUGACCUACCUGUUUGACUUUCCUCACGGCCCAAAGCCGGGUACACCCCAUCGACCCUGGAAGUCCUACUUUGACCUGAUCCUGGUGGACGCCCGCAAGCCUGUGUUCUUUGGAGAGGGAACAGUGCUACGGCAGGUCGACACUACCACAGGUCGGCUGAAGAUUGGCACAUACACGGGACCUCUCCAGCAUGGCAUUGUGUACUCUGGAGGUUCUUCAGACAUCGUGUGUGACUUGCUGGGUGCUAAAGGAAAGGAAGUCAUAUACAUCGGAGACCACAUUUUUGGUGACAUCCUCAAAUCCAAGAAGCGCCAGGGCUGGAGGACUUUCCUGGUGAUACCUGAGCUGGCCCAGGAGCUGCAUGUGUGGACUGACAAAAGCUCCAUAUUUGAGGAACUUCAGUCUCUGGACUGCUUCCUCGCAGAGCUUUACAAGCAUCUGGACAGCAGCAGCAAUGAGAGGCCUGACAUCAGCUCACUGCAGAAACGGAUUAAGAAAGUGACCCACGACAUGGACAUGUGCUACGGCAUGAUGGGAAGUCUGUUUCGCAGCGGAUCCCGACAGACGCUGUUCGCCUCCCAAGUGAUGCGCUACGCGGACCUGUACGCUGCCUCCUUCAUCAACCUGCUGUACUACCCCUUCAGCUAUCUGUUCAGAGCUGCACAUGUGCUGAUGCCUCAUGAGUCAACAGUGGAGCACACCCAGGUCAACGUCAUCGACACGGAGUCGCCGCUGGCCACGCGGAACCGCCACGACGUCGACCUCAAGGAGAUGGAGUGCAAACGGCACCAGCUGACUCGGUCCAUCAGCGAGAUCAAGCCCGCCCACUUCUUCCCUCAGGCUCCACAAGAGAUCACCCACUGCCAUGAUGAGGAUGAUGACGAGGAGGAGGAGGAGGAGGAAGAAGAGUAGAGCAGAGGGGUCUGCAGAUGAGGCUUGCCGUCACAUCCAGUACAUCCUGUUUUCAUGUUUUAAGUUGAUCUUUUCUUUGAUUCAUAACUACUGAGCCUGAUUGUCGCGUCCACUCGCUGACUUUUUUGAUCUAUUUUACAUUUAAAGAACAGGUACACUGCGUCUACAUGCUCUUGGACCUUGUCUUGUUUCUGAUAUGGACUUCUGUGGAUUCAAGUGGUCUUGCUACACCUCUGGUAAACGCACCUGUCCGUGGGUAGAAGAGAAUUCUAAAGUGAGUUUAGAAGAAGUACCUUCCUCAGGUAGAGCAGCUGUUAGAUCCUCGUGGGUCUGGUGGGUUUGUUUGAGGAGGAAUUUUUCUGAUUUUGUUUGGGCCUCGUUCUGAGGACUCUACUACGAAGCAGGAUUUGGGGUUAGCGAGGUCACUUUAGGGUUAACUCUGGGUAUUCAGUCCUACGACGGUGGUAGAUCACCGUGGUAACUUAUGUUGAACAGCAAACCUGCUCCGGGACAGGUUAUGUUCGAAAUAAGAGAUCAACUCUUGUAAAAGCACCGCCUACUGACCAAUCAGAGCUCGGCGUGCAGAUCGUAACAUACUAUUACACAAACAUGAAGAAGUUUAAGUCAUAAUCCAGGCUAAAAACAACACGGUUUAAACUGAUAAAUGCAGGAAGGACAUCUGGCUGUGUGCUGUGGGUGUUUACCGCUUUGAAAUAUGUUUUUAUAUUUAUUCUUUUACUUGAUCUCACAUCCGUUUCACACCGCCGGAGACGAGGACGCAGCUGAAUGAAGGUUGAAAUAGUCACACACGCCACAUUAUUGUCAAAAGGCAUAAUAAGAGCAAUCUUUUCAUCCAUUAUAUUCUGAAUUCUUUUUAUAAUAUCUAUAAUAUCUAGACGACCAUAUCUGACUUUUGAGUAUUCUAUUAAAUUCAUAAGUCUGUUAAUUUAUGCAUUCACACAUCUGGAGUUUUUUUAUUCUGCCAGCUGUCCUUCCUGUAUUUGGCAGCUUCAACCGUGUUAUUAUUAGUCUGGAUUAUG